GUGACAGUGACAGCAGUUUGACAGUGACGUUUAGUGCGAUAAAAGGGCUUUAAAAAACGUAAACAUGUUUGAAUCUUCCGUCAGUAUUAUUUUCCCUACAGUAUGAUUAAAUAAGUGUGAUGUAUCAUUUAAAGUUUUUCAAGCGUAAAUUACUUCUACUUCGACUUUUACAUAAUGUCUGAUGAUUUACACAAUUCUGUACUUUUGAGCACAUUCUCGAGUGGCAAUAAGAAAUAUCGAGUGAUUUUUCAUAAAGGGACAAUUGUUUGGGGCAACGGCAAACCACCGAUCGAACAAGAAUCUUUACCUCUUGAAAAUGUAAUAUCAGUGCAACACAAUUACACAAGAAGUCGACAUCCGUCAGACGGUGAAAUUCAAGACCCCAAUCAUUUCACAAUAAAUUACGCGAAAAAAGAUGAAGAAAAUAAAUGGAAACACCACUCGCUAACUCUGGGCCAUUCUGACCCUUUGCAAGUCUCCUCGUGGGUGAAAACGUUGCAAAACCACCUCCAAUAUUUCAAGCGACCGAAACGACUGCUCUUAUUCGUGAACCCCUUUGGGGGCAAACGAAACGCGUUGAAAAUAUACGAAAAGUACGGCAAGCCCUUGUUUCAAAUCGCCGGGGUUGAUGUCACGGUCAAUAUCUCGCAGAGGAAGAACCAAAUUCGCGAUUUUGUCCUAAACCACAACUUGGAAAUGUUUGAUUCAAUCGCGUGUGUGGGGGGCGACGGCACAGUGUCGGAGUUAUUCAACGGUUUGGUACUUAGGGAGUGCAAAACUUUGGGGAUUGACGCGGAUGACAUUGAACAGGAGUUGCCGAAACCGAAGAUCCCCAUCGGGAUUAUUCCAGGGGGGAGCACCGAUACGAUCGUUUAUUGUUUGCACGGGACCAUCGACCCGACGACUGCUGUCCUAAAUAUUAUUUUCGGGGAUACUUUGGGGCUAGAUUUGGUAUCGGUUUACGAUGAAAGCAAUUUGUUAAGAUUGUACGCUAGUGUUUUAAGCUAUGGGUAUUUAGGCGACGUUGCUUAUCACAGCGAUAAGUACCGGUGGAUGGGUCCUAAUCGUUAUAAUUAUUCAGGUUUCAAAAAGUUGAUGGGUAACAGAGGUUACGAGGGUGAAGUGGCGUUUUUUUCCGAAGUAGGCGACUUGAAAAGUUCGAAAUGUUACGAGAAAUGCGACCGUUGUCUAUCCAGAAGCAGCAAUUGUGAUAAAACCGAGAAGGAGUGGAGGACUUUGAAAGGGAAAUUUUUCAUGAUCAGCGGUGCUAACAUAACAUGUUCGUGCAAUCGCAGUCCUCGGGGAAUCGCACCUUACAGUCACUUGGGUGACGGGAAUGUCCACUUAGUUUUAGUUCGACAUACUUCGAUUUUGAAUAAUUUGAAACUGCUAUUACGCUUGUCGAGUAGUAACCAGGCUGUUGAUGACUUGCCAUUUGUUGAAACUUACUCUGCUAGGGAAUUCUGCUUUCGGGCUAUCAACGGCCCCAGCAGGUGGAACUGUGAUGGAGAAGUGCAGCACCAGACGAAUAUUCGUGCAAAAGUACGUUGCCAAUUGCUCACGAUUUUUAGCCGCGGAACUCCCAAACCAAUCGAAACCACGAGAAAAUGCUGUGGUUGCUAUUAAACCUUAGCUGCCUUAUGUUAAUAUUAGAUUCAGUAUUGGUCAUUGGUUGUGUAACGGAAAAUUAUAUUUUAUAAUUAUUGUAUAAUUGCUCACACAAGGUGAUAUGAACUUGACACAUUAUUUUACGUCAUUCCAAUUAUGUAUAUUUUUUUAUUUUGUAACAGUAACAGUAUUUAAAUGUUGAGGCCGUCUAUACUUAAAAAUUAUUGCUCUAUAUGUUAGAGACUGACUUCAUUCCAUGUUUGUGGCGAAAAUAAACAAAUUAUUAUUUUUAAA